AUGGCUUCGGACAUUGAGGUUCAUAUUUUAUCUCUAAUCGAGUCCUCCUCCGACGCCGGAGAAGUUUUAUCCUCCGUCUCAGCAUACCUCCGACCGUUCUCAGGCCUAUUAACAUGCCGGGAAGAGGACCGAACCAUCGCCGUUCGAUCCAUCGCGAAACAAUUCGUCCCCUUUCUCACCAAAUCCGUCUCCUUCCUGCAGAAACGCCUCUCAGUGACUGGCCCUGCUCACGAAUCCCCUGGGGAUUUGUUCCGCGCGUAUGAUUUCUGUUUGGAAUGCUGGGAAUUGGUCUCCCACGAUCCUCACGCCGUCCAGCUUCAGAGGAUCGGACUGAUUCACUGUUACCAGACCUGGGGUUGGUUCACUCACGCCUACAACGAUGGUUUUAGAGUCCUGGAGCAGCUUAGAGGACCCGAGUCCAGAUGUGUACAGUUUCUGCAAAAUCCAGAAUUUGAAAGAGCAAAGCGGGCAAAAGUCUUCCUCGAGGUUGUGGCGUCCAUCGUCAGGUCUGUAGCAAUGUCGCGGGAUAUGGACGAACGCCAAUACUGGAGGGUUUCUUCGCUUCCACGUGAGAUAAAACCCUGGCUCAGGUAUUUGGAUGCCAAUUCACAGGACAAGUUUGUCACGCUGCUCUUGUCAGAUUUGGGAAAGUGUGCUCUCUCGAUAAUUAAAGAAGCAGAGCGUUUCGAUGAGGAUUUUGUGCAUUCGUUCUGCAUCUCUACACUGGAGGAAUAUUCUGCGUCCCCGUUGCCAAAAUGUCAUUUUUAUAAGUUCUCCCGCCAGGUGCUUUCUUUACUGUUUCUGUGUAAUGAGACAAAAACAUCACCAACCGUUGAAAUUGUAAGGUCUGUGUUGCGAACUGUGGCAUGUGAAUUCCAGGUUGAACCUAAACAAAAUUGGUUGGAGCUUGUUGACUUAGUCUCCUAUUGUGUUCGCAAGUCUCAGUUAGCAGGAGACGUAUGGUGUGCAGGAGUUUCGAAACAGUUGAGUGAGAUAGCAGCUAUUUUCUCUGAGGCUAUACCACAAGCUAAUGUGAUUCUAAGACUUUAUUCAGCUGGACUAUCUGUCAAUGUGUUUGAUGUUAAGUUCAGAGAAAAUGGUAACGAAACCAUGGAAAGUUGGGGACUUCAAGCUUUACUUGGUGACGAGGAUGUAUGGAAAAGUUUAGUUUCUUUAUUGGGUAUGAUUGACCAAUACUCAGAUAAUGAGGCCACAUCGAAUGAUGGAAAUAAGAAUUCUGAAGGACAAACUAAUGUUAGCUGUAAACACAAAGGCACGAUGUGUAUGGAAUACACGCUACCUUACCUUGAUGCUCUGAAACUUUUGUGCCAGCCGCUUGCCAGCUUGAUAAAUUUUGAGGACAGAAAGAUGGUGCCGGAAAGAGAAUUUGCAUGUUAUACUGCUCAUCUAUCUGUUAUACAGGAUAUGUUUCUCCAAUUUUUCCAUGGUUUACGCUUCCUUCAGAGAUGGACCCCUGACAAGGAAUGUAGUGGGACUGACUUUGACAAGACUCUACUAAACGUGGCUAUGGCUGCUUUUAUUAUUUCGAUGAGAACCCAACGUAAAGUAGAGAUCACUAAUCGUCUAGUUGAGGAUGUAAUUACUAGUCCGUGGAUUUCACCUCCGGAGCUGAAAUAUCUAUAUGCUUCAUUUCACGAUAUCGGUGUAGGUUUGUACAGUAUUAAGCACCUAAAAAAGGCUUCCAUGGCGUUCAAAUUAUGUAUUAGAACAGUAUGGACGUGUGUUAGACUCCUCUGUCAGAUAUAUGUAAAUGAGGCUAACCCAUCUGAGGAUUGUCUGUCCGGAGAAGCAAUUAUUGGUUUUGUGAGUGAAGCAUGUAGCAAAUCUGCAUUUUAUAUGGAUGUUCUCCAGCAACAUGGUGCACGAGAAACCGAGAAGCUGCUUGUGUUUAUUCUAGAAAAUUGGUCUGCCGCUGAAGAUCUCAUCAAAAGGUUGCCAGACCCUACGCCAAUAAUAAAACAGUGGGUUAAGAUACAACGCAGACAUCAUGAGAGUCGGGAUCUGGCUGGCUCUUGUACACCUUUACACUCCUUGCUGUUAUCCUCUCAGAAAAUUUCGAAAAGAGUGACUAGAAAAAUCUUAGAGCAGGAGCUUCUUGCUUAUGAGGAAAUACUUCCUUUGCGCUCAGAACUCUGUCGAGCUAAGCAUACACAAAUAGCUGAUAUUCUUCUGAAAGAGGUUUUCAUUACAAAGGAUUUAGCUGUGGAGAGAGCAAGAAUUUUAAUAUGGAAAGCAAGAGUGAGAAGAGCUUCUGGAACUGAACAUUUAAAGGAGUGUAUUCAUUAUUUGUCAGAGGCAAUAUUUAUAUCGGGCAACAUUUUAAAUGAGCCAAAUAACCAUGGGACUUUAUGUUGCCACCAACUAGCCGUUGCAUACUGCUUAAGAGCGUUAUGCAUCCAGGAAACUGAACCAGACUCAAAGCAAGUUUUCCAAGAUGUUAACACCUCUCUAAAUUUCUGGCUACGGAUUCAGACCCCAUGUGAUAGUAAGGACAGUAUUCCCCUGGAAAACACGAUUCAUCUACUGUGUAAUGUGAAUGAUUUACUCUCAAUAAAGGGUUGGAUAGAGCUCCAACAGCACAUAUACGAGCUGAUUUUUAGACUCUGUAAAGGGAAAAACGUCAAAUUGGAGGUCUGUUUGGCAAUGCUGUGGGACUGUAGACGUCUAAGUCAUGCUCUAUGCCCUUCUCCAAUAAAUGAUGCUGUCAUCCUGGGCUUAUCAAAGUACUUUGGUGAAAAAUCAGAGUCCACAGAUUUCUGGAUAAGUUGCUUGCAGUUUUCAAAAGCAAAAUCAAUUGGGUUCCAGCUGAGCUUGCAAUGUUUGCCGUACGAAACCUUGCAUACAUUAAACAAGCCUGAAGAUCCUCACAAACCAGACAUCACUGUAGAUGACGUUAACAACACAGCUUCCAAACUAGUUUCAAGUGAUCCACUUCCCAGUCACUCGUCUUUUGUAGCAGCAUCUCUCUAUUAUGAUCUCUGUGAAAGACAGUUGUCAUGUGGUAACUUAUACGAGGCUCUCUCCUACGCGAAGGAAGCUCAUAGGAUUCGGCGUCUUAUUUUCAAGGAUAAGUAUAGCUAUGUAGCGGAGAAGCAUUUUGAAAAGCAUAACAGGUCAGGAAAAAUAAUAGGAAUACCGAGUUACAUCAUUAGUAAAUUUGAAGUAUCAAGUUUAGGAGCUGCCGAUGUCUGGCCGUGUGGAAAUUUUCUCUGGGAUAUCAACCGCUGCUACUUAAACCCUUGGAUUGUGCUCCAAUGUUAUCUGGAAAGCAUUCUUCAGGUUGGCGUUAUCAAUGAGAUUAUUGGGGAAGGAGUUGAGGCAGAAUGCUUUCUAUCUUGGGGAAAAGCCAUUUCAUGUACGCAGAGCCUACAGCCGUUUGUAGUUGCAUUUUCUCUUGCUUUGGGGAAUCUCUACAAGAGAAUGCAAAGUCUGGAAUUAGCAGCAAAGGAGCUCCAGAAUGUGAAAGAGCUGCUAAUUGAUAGUCAAAGAGGUUUUUCUUGUCGGAACUGCAGGUCGAUGUUAGAGGUUACACUGGAUAAGCAACUUGGAGACUUGUCUCAAAGACGAUAUGAUAACACAACUAGAAUUUGCCAGAUAGAUGGAUUAUCACAUGCUGAAAGUCUGUUUGGCGCAGCCUUGAGAAAAUUCUGUUGCUCCGCUUGGAAAGGUUGCGUUAAUUUUCACGUAAAAGAAUUCGCCGAGGUAAGAGAAUUGGGGAAUAGUUGCAAUGAAUUUCUAGGACAUCAGACAGAAAAACCAGACCCCGGUAUAAAGGAUAAACCAACAGAUAACAGAGACUCGAAAAGGAGGCGUCGAGGUGCUAUAACUUUACAGGCUUGCUUGACCAAGGAGCAUAAUUUGACAUCUAUGCCUAGUAUAAGGUUGACCCGCUCAAUGUGUCGAUCACAUAAAGAACGAGGUCAAAAAGUUUCUGCUGAUAUGCAUAGAGGUAGUACCUUGAAGAAGCGUAGUUUUAGCGAUGAAUCUGAUUCGUUUGAUAUCUUUGAGGAAAAGGAGUUGCUGCUGGGUACUGAAAACACAAUCUGUAGCAUCUGCAUUUGCAUCGACAGAAAAUGUCAGCAGUGUCUCUCUAAUGAAGUUACAAGGCCUGGAUCGCUGAAAAAUUUAAUAAGUUUGAAAUGGCAGUUUCACCAAAGGAGGCUCGCGUGCACUGUUCUUGACAACCUUGGGAAAUGCUUGGCUAAAUCUGGAAAGGUUCAUCAAGCACAUGUGGCAAUUUUGCGUAGCAUCGCGAUUUUAUUUAACAGUGACAGAUCCAGCCCCAGCUCACAUUCUCUCUGCCUUUUGCUUAAUUUUAUUGGGAAAGAAAUCAAAGGAGAUGUAUUUUGUGUUGAUCGUGCAAGAUUACUAUACAACUUAUGCAAAUCGAGUCUGCGAACAUACCACUCCAGGGCGAGCAGGUCUUUCUGCUGUGAGCUAUCUCAUAUUCCAUCUCAAAAGCUGGUUUCAUGGUUAACGUUGGCCUUUGUACUCAGCAGAGAGGUUCCCAUACUUCAUCAAAAGAUUUCAAGAUUGCUUGCUGCUUUAUACUUGCUUUCUUCUUCAAGUGCUGACUUCUCAUUCCCAUGUGACGGUGAGCUGUCAGUAAGUCAUUGGGUUACAUAUUUUCAUCAAGCCUCUCUUGGUGGUCAUAUCAACUGCCAAUUCUUGUCAAAUUUUAGUAGAAGAUACAAAUCAGGAAGCAACUCGGAUAAAGAGUUUAAUUUGCAGGCUUCUAGAUUGAGUUGCAUGGCUUCUCCGGAAUUCGACUUUCUCAGGCUUGCUCCAGAAAGGACUGAAGAUCUUGUGAAGUUUGCAAAGAACUUUUUCAAUAGUCUGUCAGAAACAGCAGUCAUCUGCAUUAGCUUGCUUGGAGGCACACUGAGUAAAUUGUUGGAGGAAAUAAUGAGAAGCCCCCCUGUUUGUGCGUGGCUGCUUUUGUCACGGUUAAGCGCAAAGAAUCAGCCUGUAGCUGUACUUGUGCCAGUGGAUUCAGUACUUGAAGACGGUUCAGAAGAUGAUUCAAAUCCUAACGAUACUGAGGCAAAUGGGAUCGAGGAGAUGGGUAAACAAUGGGCUUGUCCAUGGGGUUCUACAGUGGUGGAUGUUGUCGCCCCAGCAUUUAAACUAAUAAUGGAGGAGAAUUUCAUUACUGGUUCCGAGUUUUCUGUAGAAGAUGUAAAUUUAAGGUGGAAGAAGAGAGAGGAACUCAAUUUGCGUCUUGCUAAAUUCCUAAGAAAACUUGAAGAUUUCUGGUUGGGUCCCUGGAGGCAUCUGCUUUUGGGAGAAUCGUCAAACAGAAAAUUGCAUGAGUCCACUCAAAAGACUCUGGUUAAGGAGCUUAGGUCCAAAUGUAAGAUGGAAGUAAAUGAGACGCUUUUGAAAUUUUUUCUUGGGAAAAACGAGUUUGAAGGAGAAGCAUGGAUAUCUCAGCUUUGUCAAAAGAAUGGUUGCUGCAUAGGGCAAAUUAGCCAUAUUGAUAUAGAAGAUGGAUUUGCAAUAUCUACCAGCACAUCUAACGAUCCCCAAAGUAGGUAUGGGUUAGCAUUACAACUGAUACGGGAGGCAGAAAUCAAGCUUAGGCAGCAGGAGAAUAAUGAGAAGAAAGAACCGAUAAUUCUUGUGUUGGAUCAUGAGAUUCAGAUGCUUCCGUGGGAGAAUAUUCCAAUAUUGAGAAGACAAGAGGUCUACCGCAUGCCUUCUGUGGGUAGUAUAUCAGCAGUGCUUAAGAAAUGCUGUUCCAGAGAAGUUCCUGCUGGAUGCUUUAGUUCUCCCUUCCCUCUGAUUGAUCCUCGGGAUGCUUAUUAUCUGUUAAAUCCGGGUGGUGAUCUCAGAUCAACGCAAAUCGAGUUUGAGAGUUGGUUCAAGGAAAAGAAAAUGGAGGGCAGGGCUGGAUUAGUGCCACCUGCUAAGGAGCUAACUGAUGCGUUGGAAAAGCAUGAUCUUUUCAUAUAUUUUGGACAUGGAACUGGAGAACAAUAUAUUCCCAUGUGCCAAGUUGAGUAUUUGGACAAUUGUGCUGCAACUUUUCUUAUGGGAUGCAGCAGCGGUUUGCCAUAUGUAAGAGGUAGAUACGUACCACGAAGUAUUCCCCUGUCUUUCCUGCUAGCCGGUUCUCCAGUCAUUGUAGCAAACCUGUGGGGUGUAACGAAUGAUAUUAACCGGUUUGGGAAGGCAAUGCUGGAAAGCUGGUUGAGAGAGAGGAGUGAUGAUAAUACAUCAGAGAGAGUUGGGUCGUUCAUGGCUGAUGCACGCGAUGCUUGCACUAUGCAGUUCUUGACUGGGGCUGCCCCGGUGUGUUACGGUGUCCCGACUGCUAUUACAAAGAUGAAGAAAAAGACAUUAAGCAAUUAGGCUGACUCGAAUCGAAUCCAUUCUUCCGAAAUAUUUUGAUGUUUUCUUUGUAAUAGAUAUCAUAUCAUGUUUCAGUUACCUGAGGAAACCAGACGAAUGUGUCGAUCCAAACGAUUCUUUACUCUUUCAUUAGCAUACGAUGUAUUCAGUAGUUUGAAUUUUUGUUCUUAUUCUAUUCUA